AUGAGGGUUCAUUUUAGUAUCUUGUUGUUGGUCCUAUUUGUUACAUUUCAACAAUAUUUCGAGAAUGUUCAGGCGACUGUCACCUAUACAUGUAAUCCACUUGCGACUUGUGGUUGUUCAAAAUAUCCAGCUGUUCUAUCGAAAAUCGUCGGGGGUGAGACGGUGAAAACAAAUUCAUGGGGAUGGGCGGUAUCUCUACGUGUGAAUGGAAGACAUAGAUGUGGAGCAACUGUCAUAUCUGCCUUCUAUAUGAUAACAGCUGCUCAUUGUCUAAUUAAUAUUCCAUCAUUAUCGACUGUUUCAGUUGUGGUUGGUAUUAAUACACUUUCUCAAGUUGGUCAGACACGAAUGAUAUCAAAAUCGCAUAUUCAUCCACAGUAUAACUCUAUCACAUUUGAAAAUGACAUUGCCAUCAUUAAAUUAUCGACUUCGCUAGACAUGACUGACUCACUAGUAUCAAAGAUAUGUCUUCCAAUAAUUGAUCCAAAUCUACUAACAACUCAGGAUUAUCCAGCCAUUGGUACUGAUUUAGUUGCCGUUGGUUGGGGUGCUCUUACCUCGGACAGUCAAAUGGCCUCUUCUACUCUUCAACAAGUGACAGUUCAAGCGAUAUCAAAAACAGCAACGACGUGUAAAACAAUCCUACGAAAUUCAGCGUUGCAGUUUUGUGCAGGAGUGGCGGGGGGAGGAAAGGGUACGUAA